AUGUCGGAAUCCGAAGGCGGGAAAGACACCACCUCUGAACCCAGUCCAGCCAAUGGGAUAGGCCCUGGUCCUGAAUGGGGGCUUUGUCCCGGCCCUCCAGCCACAGGAGGCGACAUCAGUGGGACCUCAGGCCUAGAGACUCCUAAGCGAAGGACACAACACAAUAAGCAUAAAACAGUGGCAGUAGCCAGUGCCCAGAGAUCACCUCGAGCACUCUUCUGCCUCACUCUAGCCAAUCCCAUUCGUCGGUCCUGCAUCAGCAUAGUGGAAUGGAAACCUUUUGACAUCCUCAUAUUGCUGACCAUCUUUGCCAACUGUGUGGCCCUAGGGGUCUACAUCCCCUUCCCAGAGGAUGACUCCAACACUGCCAACCACAAUCUGGAGCAAGUGGAAUACGUAUUCCUGGUCAUUUUCACCGUGGAGACUGUGCUCAAAAUCGUAGCCUAUGGGCUGGUGCUCCACCCGAGCGCCUAUAUCCGCAAUGGCUGGAAUCUACUCGACUUCAUCAUCGUCGUGGUUGGGCUCUUUAGCGUGCUGCUGGAACAGGGACCUGGGCGACCAGGCGAUGCCCCACAUACUGGGGGGAAGCCAGGGGGCUUCGAUGUGAAAGCUUUGCGGGCAUUUAGAGUGCUGCGGCCACUGAGACUGGUGUCUGGAGUCCCAAGUCUGCACAUAGUUCUCAACUCCAUCAUGAAGGCACUAGUGCCUCUGCUGCACAUUGCACUGCUGGUGCUCUUCGUCAUUAUCAUUUAUGCCAUUAUUGGAUUGGAGCUGUUCCUUGGACGCAUGCACAAGACGUGUUACUUCCUGGGAUCUGAUGUAGAGGCAGAAGAGGAUCCAUCACCUUGUGCAUCUUCAGGCUCUGGUCGGGUGUGCAUGUUGAACCAGACUGAGUGCCGAGGGCGCUGGCCUGGGCCCAAUGGUGGCAUCACCAACUUUGACAACUUCUUCUUUGCCAUGCUGACCGUCUUUCAGUGCAUCACCAUGGAAGGCUGGACUGAUGUACUCUACUGGAUGCAGGAUGCUAUGGGUUAUGAGCUACCCUGGGUGUACUUCGUCAGCCUUGUCAUCUUUGGAUCCUUCUUCGUCCUCAACCUUGUGCUUGGUGUCCUGAGUGGGGAGUUCUCCAAGGAGAGAGAGAAGGCAAAAGCACGAGGUGAUUUCCAGAAGCUUCGAGAGAAGCAGCAGAUGGAAGAGGACUUGAGAGGCUACUUGGACUGGAUCACACAGGCUGAGGAGCUAGACCUAGAGGACCCCUCAACAGAGGGCAACUUUGGUUCUAUGGCCGAAGAGGGCCGAGCUGGCCAUCGGCCACAGUUAUCUGAGCUGACCAAUAGGAGGCGUGGACGUCUGCGCUGGUUUAGUCACUCCACUCGCUCAACCCACUCUACCAGCAGCCAUGCCAGCCUCCCAGCCAGUGACACCGGUUCAAUGGCAGACACCCCAGGAGAUGAGGAUGAAGAAGAAGGGACUCUGGACAGUUGUACACGCUGCCUAAACAAGAUCAUGAAAACCAGAGUUUGCCGCCGCCUCCGCAGAGCCAACCGGAGCCUCCGAGCUCGUUGCCGGCGAGCUGUGAAAUCCAAUGCCUGCUACUGGGCCGUACUGCUGCUUGUCUUCCUCAACACACUGACUAUCGCCUCAGAGCACCAUGGACAACCCCUAUGGCUCACCCAGACCCAAGAGUAUGCCAACAAAGUGUUGCUCUGUCUGUUCACCGUGGAGAUGCUCCUCAAGCUGUAUGGUCUGGGGCCCUCUGUCUAUGUCUCCUCCUUCUUCAACCGUUUUGACUGCUUCGUGGUCUGCGGGGGCAUCCUGGAGACCACCUUGGUGGAAGUGGGGGCCAUGCAGCCCCUUGGCAUCUCAGUGCUCCGAUGUGUGCGUCUCCUCAGGAUCUUUAAGGUCACCAGGCACUGGGCAUCUCUGAGCAAUCUAGUGGCAUCCCUGCUCAACUCCAUGAAAUCCAUUGCAUCCUUACUGCUUCUCCUCUUCCUAUUUAUCAUCAUCUUCUCCCUGCUUGGCAUGCAACUGUUUGGGGGCAAGUUCAACUUUGACCAGACACACACCAAGCGAAGCACCUUUGACACCUUCCCCCAGGCUCUCCUCACUGUCUUUCAGAUCCUGACAGGGGAGGACUGGAACGUGGUUAUGUAUGAUGGUAUCAUGGCCUACGGUGGCCCCUUCUUCCCAGGGAUGCUGGUGUGUGUCUAUUUCAUCAUUCUCUUCAUCUGUGGAAACUAUAUCUUGUUGAAUGUGUUUCUUGCCAUUGCUGUGGAUAACUUGGCCAGCGGGGAUGCAGGCACUACCAAGGACAAGGGCAGAGAGAAGAGCAGUGAAGGGAAUGCCCCCAAGGAGAAUGGCGAGUUGGUCCCUGAUGGGGAGAAGGAAGAAGGAAAUGGUGCAAAGAGUGAAGGAGCAGGCAAGGAACGGCAAGAAUUUGAGGAAGAAGAAGAGGAGGAGGAGGAGGAGGAAGAGGGUGCAGGGCGUGUGGAACUCCUCCAGGAAGUUGUACCCAAGGAGAAAGUGGUACCCAUCCCUGAGGGCAGUGCCUUUUUCUGCCUCAGCCAAACCAACCCGUUGAGGAAGGCCUGCCACACCCUCAUCCAUCAUCACAUCUUCACCAAUCUUAUCUUGGUGUUCAUUAUCCUUAGCAGUGUGUCCCUGGCGGCUGAGGAUCCCAUCCGAGCUCACUCCUUCCGAAACCAUAUUCUAGGAUACUUCGAUUAUGCCUUCACUUCCAUUUUCACUGUGGAGAUUCUACUAAAGAUGACAGUGUUUGGGGCCUUCCUACACCGUGGCUCCUUCUGCCGUAGCUGGUUUAAUCUAUUGGAUCUGCUUGUGGUCAGUGUAUCCCUCAUCUCUUUUGGCAUCCACUCCAGUGCCAUCUCAGUAGUGAAGAUUCUUCGAGUUCUCCGAGUACUGCGACCCCUCCGAGCCAUCAAUAGGGCCAAGGGACUCAAGCACGUGGUACAAUGUGUGUUCGUGGCCAUCCGGACCAUCGGAAACAUCAUGAUCGUCACCACGCUCCUGCAAUUCAUGUUCGCCUGCAUUGGUGUGCAACUUUUCAAGGGGAAAUUCUACAGUUGUACUGAUGAAGCCAAACACACCCCAAAAGAAUGCAAGGGCUCCUUCCUCAUCUACCCUGAUGGAGAUGUGUCGCGGCCCCUGGUUCGGGAGCGGCUCUGGGUCAACAGUGAUUUCAACUUUGACAACGUCCUUUCAGCCAUGAUGGCCCUGUUCACUGUAUCUACCUUUGAAGGCUGGCCUGCACUGCUAUACAAGGCCAUUGAUGCACAUGCAGAAGAUGAAGGCCCCAUCUACAACUACCACGUGGAGAUCUCUGUGUUCUUCAUUGUCUACAUCAUCAUCAUUGCAUUCUUCAUGAUGAAUAUCUUUGUGGGCUUUGUUAUCAUCACCUUCCGUGCGCAGGGAGAACAGGAGUACCAAAACUGUGAGCUGGACAAGAACCAGCGCCAGUGUGUGGAGUAUGCCCUCAAGGCCCAGCCACUUCGCCGAUACAUCCCCAAGAACCCACAUCAGUAUCGUGUGUGGGCCACUGUGAACUCUGCUGCCUUUGAGUACCUCAUGUUCCUGCUCAUUCUACUCAACACGGUUGCCCUAGCCAUGCAGCACUAUGAACAGACUGCUCCCUUCAACUACGCCAUGGACAUUCUCAACAUGGUCUUCACUGGCCUCUUCACUAUCGAAAUGGUUCUCAAAAUCAUUGCCUUCAAACCCAAGCAUUACUUUGCUGAUGCCUGGAACACGUUUGAUGCACUUAUUGUGGUGGGCAGUGUAGUGGACAUCGCCGUCACUGAAGUCAAUAAUGGUGGCCACCUCGGCGAGAGCUCUGAGGACAGCUCUCGAAUAUCUAUCACCUUCUUUCGCCUCUUCCGAGUCAUGCGGCUAGUCAAGCUUCUCAGUAAGGGAGAAGGGAUCCGCACACUGCUCUGGACAUUCAUCAAAUCCUUCCAGGCCUUACCCUAUGUGGCUCUUCUCAUAGCAAUGAUAUUCUUCAUCUAUGCUGUCAUUGGAAUGCAGAUGUUUGGCAAGGUGGCUCUUCAAGAUGGCACACAGAUCAACCGAAACAACAACUUCCAGACCUUUCCACAGGCUGUGCUGCUUCUGUUCAGGUGUGCUACUGGUGAGGCAUGGCAGGAGAUAAUGCUCGCCAGCCUUCCUGGAAACCGAUGUGACCCAGAGUCUGAUUUUGGCCCUGGCGAGGAGUUUACCUGUGGUAGCAAUUUUGCCAUUGCCUAUUUUAUCAGCUUCUUCAUGCUCUGUGCCUUCCUGAUCAUAAAUCUCUUCGUGGCUGUGAUCAUGGACAACUUCGAUUAUUUGACAAGAGAUUGGUCUAUCCUGGGCCCCCAUCACCUUGAUGAAUUCAAGAGGAUCUGGUCUGAAUAUGAUCCUGGGGCCAAGGGCCGCAUCAAGCACCUGGACGUGGUUGCCCUGCUGAGACGCAUCCAGCCCCCCCUGGGAUUUGGGAAGCUGUGCCCACAUCGAGUGGCCUGUAAGAGACUUGUGGCAAUGAACGUGCCUCUCAACUCAGAUGGGACGGUGACAUUCAAUGCCACACUCUUUGCCUUGGUGCGAACAUCCUUAAAGAUCAAGACAGAAGGGAACCUGGAGCAAGCCAACCAGGAGUUACGGAUGGUCAUCAAAAAAAUCUGGAAGCGGAUAAAGCAGAAGCUGUUAGAUGAAGUCAUCCCCCCUCCAGAUGAGGAGGAGGUCACCGUGGGCAAAUUCUAUGCCACUUUCCUGAUCCAAGAUUAUUUCCGAAAAUUCCGGAGGAGGAAAGAAAAGGGGCUACUAGGAACUGAGGCCCCACCCAGCACAUCCUCUGUCCUUCAGGCUGGUCUAAGGAGCCUACAGGACUUGGGUCCUGAGAUUCGGCAGGCCCUCACCUGUGACACGGAGGAGGAAGAAGAGGAGGAAGAAGAGCAACAAGAAAGAGAGGAGGAGGCUCAGAAAGAUACAGAAACAUACAAAGCCCCCAUGGGUUCUCAACCGCCAUCUCGCCGGAGCUCCAGGAUUUCUGUGUCUUUGCCUGUUGGGGAAAGUCUCCCAGAUUCACUCUCUCCUGGGCCCAGUGAUGAUGAUGUGAGGGGUCCAAAUUCCAGACAGCCUGAUAUGCCCCAGGCUGCAUCACAGCCUCACAGGAGAAACUCUGGGGCUCUCAUGUUCACUAUCCCAGAAGAAGGAAGUCCUCAGCCCAAGGUUACUAAAGGGCAAGACAGUCAGAAUGAAGAAGAGGAAGUUCCUGACCGGCUCUCCUACAUAGAUGAACAGGCAGGGACUAUGUCAACCCCAGUCCUUCUGCCACCUCAACGAUCCCAGAGAUUCGUAAAUGGGCACCACAUACAACGUCGACGUCUGCUGCCCCCCACACCUGCAGAUCGAAAGCCCUCCUUCACCAUCCAGUGUCUGCAACGCCAGGGAAGUUGUGAAGAUUUACCCAUCCCAGGCACCUAUCAUCGUGGGCGGAACUCAGGGCCUGGCAGAGCUCAGGGUUCCUGGGCCACCCCUCCUCAGAGGGGACGACUCUUAUAUGCCCCACUAUUGUUGGUGGAAGAGGGCACAGCGGGGGAAGGAUAUCUUGGCAAAUCCAGUGGUCCACUUCGCACCUUUACCUGUCUGCACGUGCCUGGAACUCACCCAGACCCUAGCCACCGCAAGAGAGGCAGCGCCGACAGCUUGGUGGAGGCUGUACUGAUCUCCGAGGGCCUGGGCCUCUUUGCCCGAGACCCACACUUCGUGGCUCUAGCCAAGCAGGAGAUUGCAGAUGCAUGUUGUCUGACAUUGGAUGAGAUGGACAGUGCUGCCAGUGACCUGCUGGCACAGGGCACUAACUCACUGUACAGUGAUGAAGAGUCCAUCCUCUCCCGCUUUGACGAAGAGGACCUGAGAGAUGAGAUGGCCUGUGUCCAUGCCAUCUGA